AAACAGGGACUUUUUGACGAGACUGGCAAGGUAACAAGAUGGAUUUCACCUUCUCAGUUGGCCAACUGCAAGCUUUGUCAAACCUGCUGACAACGGUAGAUCAAGAGGAGGAAGAUCUGGGGGAACAGCCGAGUGAAGGACUUAACCCUGGGCAAAUUGGGCCACCAAAAGGAUCGAAGCCCACAGAUUCCAACCCUGAGAAGCCUACCAACACAAAACAAAUCUGGGCAGAGGAUGAUGUGCCUGAGGGUUCAGAGUUUGAGGAUAUCUGGGAUCCAAGACAACAGCCUGAGUAUGAGAUUUUGUUCAAACAGCAAGUUGGCACAGAGGAUGUGUUUCUGGGGAUGAGCAGAAAGGAUGGAUCCACAGCCUGUUGUGAAGACAUGAUGAUAAAAAUUAAGCUGCCUGACUGUAAAGCAGCAGACAUCACACUGGACAUUAAAGAGCGCUUUCUGGCUCUUCGAUCACCAGAGUAUAAACUGGGAUUACACCUGCCCCAUCCAGUGGAUAGUAAGAAUGGAAAAGCUCAGUUCAUCACUGACACUCAUACGCUGGAAGUCACCUUAACUAUGAAGAGAGAGUUUGAUUUCAUUAACUUCGCUUGAGCCAACUAAUGAGGAUGACGAACUUCAGGUGGAAUAGACGUGGAUUAAAAUUGGUGUCUGAUGCUUUGGGGAUUACGGUGUAUCAGUUUGUGCCCCAGGACUGUCUGUCUGUAUUUAAUAUUUAUUUUUCAAAGAGGCAGUUUCAUGUAACCUCCCCAUUCAGAAAGUAAGAUGGGAGUAAAAGAAUGUAAUUACCAUCUUAGCUCUGUGCAAUAAAAUCAUAAACUGA